AAAAAUGCGAGUGGCAACGACAACAUACCUUCAACUUGUGAUUUAUGCCUUACCUCGUGACUACCUUAUUGAUUACUUCUGUAAUCGAAAUCCGAAAGUUGGUGUUCUGUUAAAUGUUCAGUGGAUGCGGUCGCGAUUAUAGCAGUGUGAUUUCUUAGUAAAUUUAUCUUAUUCCCUUCGGUUUUACUUAAAAGUUUCGUUUCCUAUAACGCUCGAAAUUAUUUUAACCUAACAAUAUCGACUCCUAUUAGAAUCAAAUAUGGGAUCGCUUUUUCGAAGCGAGCAGAUGACCUUGUGUCAACUCUUUUUACAAAGUGAAGCAGCUUAUGCUUGUGUCUCGGAACUCGGCGAACUUGGCCUUGUCCAAUUUCGAGAUCUUAAUCCCGAUGUCAAUGCUUUCCAACGAAAAUUCGUCAAUGAAGUGCGUCGUUGCGAUGAAAUGGAACGAAAGCUACGAUACUUGGAAAAAGAAAUAAAAAAGGACGGUAUACCAAUGCUCGAUACUGGGGAAAAUCCAGAAGCUCCGCAACCCAGGGAAAUGAUAGAUCUCGAAGCAACGUUUGAAAAAUUAGAAAAUGAAUUACGGGAAGUUAAUCAGAAUGCGGAAACUCUGAAACGUAAUUUCUUGGAACUGACUGAACUAAAGCAUAUACUUAGGAAAACGCAGGUUUUCUUCGAUGAGGCUGAGCAUGGAGGUGUCGUGUCGCAGAUGGCAGACCCCAGCCGUGAGGAAGAACAAGUCACUCUCUUGGGUGAAGAGGGCCUCCGCGCUGGCGGCCAGGCUCUCAAGCUCGGAUUCGUGGCAGGAGUUAUCCUACGAGAACGUAUUCCAGCAUUUGAACGUAUGCUUUGGCGAGCAUGCCGUGGUAAUGUAUUCCUGCGUCAAGCAGAGAUUGAAACCCCUCUGGAAGAUCCUUCAACGGGAGACCAAGUCUUUAAGUCUGUAUUCAUCAUAUUCUUCCAAGGAGAUCAAUUGAAAACUCGAGUUAAAAAGAUUUGCGAAGGAUUUAGAGCUACUUUAUAUCCUUGUCCCGAAGCACCCGCUGAUCGUCGUGAGAUGGCUAUGGGAGUUAUGACUCGAAUUGAAGAUUUAAAUACAGUUCUUGGACAAACUCAAGAUCAUCGACAUCGUGUCCUAGUAGCCGCUGCAAAAAAUAUUAAGAAUUGGUUUGUGAAAGUUCGCAAAAUCAAAGCAAUUUAUCAUACUUUAAAUUUAUUUAAUUUGGAUGUUACGCAAAAGUGUCUAAUCGCUGAAUGUUGGGUUCCUGUGCUAGACAUUGAAACAAUACAAUUAGCAUUGCGUCGUGGAACUGAACGAAGUGGAAGUUCUGUACCACCGAUUUUAAAUCGUAUGGCAACGUUUGAAGAUCCGCCUACUUAUAAUCGAACCAAUAAAUUUACCAAAGGUUUCCAAGCUCUGGUAGAUGCAUAUGGAGUAGCUUCUUACAGAGAAAUGAAUCCAUCUCCUUACACUAUUAUAACAUUUCCAUUCUUAUUUGCUGUUAUGUUUGGUGAUACCGGGCAUGGCUUAAUUAUGUUUCUCUUUGGUGGAUGGAUGGUAUUAAAAGAAAAACCAUUGGCUGCAAAAAAAUCUGAUAAUGAAAUUUGGAAUAUCUUCUUUGGUGGUCGAUAUAUCAUUUUUCUAAUGGGCUUAUUUUCAAUGUAUACUGGACUUAUAUACAAUGACAUAUUUUCUAAAUCAUUAAAUAUCUUUGGGUCAUAUUGGAGAAUCAAUUAUAAUAUUUCAACGAUAGUCACAAAUAAGGAGUUGCAAUUAAAUCCUAGUGAUACAGAACAAUAUUUACAAAUUCCAUAUCCUUUAGGAAUGGAUCCUGUGUGGCAAUUAGCAGAGAAUAAAAUUAUUUUUCUAAAUUCAUACAAAAUGAAAAUAUCUAUCAUUUUUGGAGUCAUACAUAUGUUGUUUGGUGUGAUAAUUGGUCUAUGGAACCAUAUGUAUUUCAGGAGACAGCUGAGCAUAAUUUGUGAAUUUGUCCCUCAGAUAAUUUUCCUAAUAUUUCUGUUCCUUUACAUGGUAUUGCUUAUGUUUAUUAAAUGGAUUAGCUAUGGUCCUAAUAGCGAUAACACAGAUCCAGCACAUGGACCUUUCUGUGCACCAUCAGUAUUAAUUACAUUUAUUAACAUGGUAUUAUUCAAGCCUGGUGUUGCACCAGCCAAAGAAUGUAGCCCCUGGAUGUACAGUGGGCAAAAUGGAUUCCAAUCGUUCCUCGUUGUAGUAGCUGUUCUUUGCAUUCCAUGGAUGUUAUUGGCAAAACCUGUUUCAAUGAUGUACAAUAGAAAGAAACAACAUUACCAGUUAAACAAUCAUGGUACAGAAAAUGGUGACAUAGAAGGUGCUGUUGAUGCUAUACAACCAGUAAGUGGAAUUCCUCAAGGAGGUCACAAAGAAGAAGAGGAGGAUAUGAGUGAAGUAUUUAUUCAUCAGGGCAUUCAUACCAUUGAAUACGUUCUUGGUAGUGUAUCCCACACAGCAUCCUAUCUUCGUUUAUGGGCCUUAUCUCUUGCCCAUGCACAAUUAUCAGAAGUAUUGUGGAACAUGGUAAUGAGAAAUGGGUUAACUCAAGAAGGUUGGUCAGGAGGUAUCAUUUUAUGGGCUGUAUUUGCAUUUUGGGCUGUUUUAACUGUCGGCAUUCUAGUUCUUAUGGAAGGCUUAUCAGCUUUCUUACAUACACUUCGACUUCAUUGGGUCGAAUUUCAAAGCAAAUUUUAUGCUGGACAAGGGUAUGGCUUCCAACCAUUUUCAUUUGAAAUUAUUUUGGAUGCAGCCCAAUCUACUGCAGAAGAUUAAAGUAUAUUGCUUCACAAUACAAAGUUUCACUUACUCCAUAUACUAUCAGUGGACUUGUUGUUCAUAAGUAUAGAAAACAUAAAAGUAAUAAUAUUAUGACAUUUUCAUGUCAAUAGAAUUCUAACAAGUCUCUAAAGUGUUAUCAUGUUAAUAUUAUGUUUAAAUAAAUUAAAUAAUUUUUAUUCUGUAA